AUGGCAGACCCACCGGUGGCAGAAGCUAAACGUCGACACCACGCAGCUAAGUCUGGAUUAGCCGGCCGAACGAGUUUCAAUGCUCCUCCACGCUCUAAGAUGAAGUUAUGGAAAGGUGCUACACUUGCCUUCAUGCUCUGUGGCGCUGCCUUAUCUGCUGUGCUCCUUAGAAACAUGACCACUCUGGGACAGAUCCGAGCCAACACCAAACACCCUCAAACUCCCUCUGCGAAUCACUCCAAAUCUACUUCACGAACUCUUUCAAACUCCUCAAGCACCAAAUCUAGAGCGGAGACGUCAGCCAUGGGUGGUCCGCGCCGGAGAGCCAGAUCCACCGAUGACAUGAGCUCGCUUCUCUCGGAGUUCACGCUGAUGUUCCAGAGCUUCACGGAGAGCGAGCUGCAGCACGUGGUGGGGGCGCUGUUGGACCGGAAGAGGCGCAGGAGUCGCCUGGACCAGAGCCGCAGGACUAAGAGGGCGCGCAGGCCCAAACCCUGCUCGGUCAGAGAGCUAAAGCUAACAGUGAGCGAACUGGGCCUGGGCUACGAGAGCAACGAGACCAUGUUGCUGCGCUACUGCAGCGGCAAGUGCAUAGGCCACCGGAACAACUAUGACAUCACCAUGGAGCACAUGAUGAGGACUGGCUUCAAGAAGAGAGGCCGCAAAGACAAGGUGAGCAACGGGCCCUGCUGCCGGCCCACCGCCUUUGAAGAAGACUUUUCCUUUUUGGACGAUAACUACAAAUAUCGUACGAUACAGAACUUAUCAGCUAAGAACUGUGGGUGUGUAUGA